AUGUCGACAAAUGUGAAGCCCUUUGAAGAUGGUAAAACUGCCAAUGGCGCCGACUCAGGUCAGGUUCCCGACGGCGAUACUAUCGAGGGCCACGUAACAACGCAUGACGCCGUCUUUGGAGAGAUCACCGAAAAUGGUCCCAAUUAUCGCAAUGUCGGAUGGCUAGGCACUGCAGCUCUCAUGAUGAAGACUCAGAUUGGCCUCGGCGUUCUCGGCCUACCGACCGUCUUCCACGUCCUCGGAAUUGUUCCAGGUGUUAUACUGCUAUGCAUCAUAGGGGGUAUCACCACCUGGUCGAACUAUAUAGUCGGUAUAUUCAAGAUCCGGCAUCCUGAGAUCUAUGGUAUCGAUGAUGUUGGCGGUCUUCUCUUUGGCCGCAUCGGCCGCGAGGUCUUGGGCAUAUGCUUCUGUCUCUUCUUUACUUUCGUCUCCGGAUCUGCUCUACUGAGCAUAUCGAUCGCCUUCAACGCUUUAUCCGAUCAUGCAGUGUGUACUGCAGUUUUUGUCGCUGUGGCUGCGGCUAUCGGGUUUGCGUUUUCGAGCAUUCGAACCCUCGACCGCAUAGGUUCACUUGCUUGGAUUGGUGUUUCUUGCAUUAUUGUAGCAGUAUUCGUCGUCACUGUUGGGGUUGGCGUUCAAGACCGCCCUCCUAGCGUACCCAAGAAUGUACAGUGGAGAUCUGACUAUGAACUGUUCGGUCAUCCAAGCUUUAUCGAGGCCUUAUCAGCAAUUUCAACAAUUAUCUUUGCUUAUGCUGGUACUCCCGCUUUCUUUGCUAUUGCCGCCGAAAUGCGAGACCCUAAGCAAUACAUGAAGUCGCUUAUUAUGUGCCAGACUGUUAUAUCUAUUGCUUAUAUCGUUGUUGGGGUUGUUGUGUAUUACUAUUGUGGCUCAUUCGUUGCGUCGCCGGCCCUGGGAUCUGCGGGCCCCACCAUCAAGAAAGUCUCUUACGGUAUAGGCCUCCCAGGUCUUCUCAUCUCAGCCAUUCUUCUUCUUCAUCUUCCAUCCAAAUCCGUCUUUGUUCGAAUCCUUCGAGGGUCCAAGCAUCUAAGCACUAACAGUUUCAUCCACUGGGCUACUUGGCUUGGGUCAACCUUUUCCGUCACACUAGUGGCCUACAUCAUCGCUAGUGCUAUUCCUGUCUUUGGCCAACUAGUGUCGCUUAUUGGGGCCCUUUUAGGAACCCUGAUGUCGUUCCAGCCGAUGGGCUGCAUGUGGCUUUAUGACAACUGGCAUAGCGAUCGCCGCUAUACGCCCAGAUGGUACGUGGGAGUCGCCUGGAGCGUUUUUGUGGUUAUUUCAGGAACGUUCCUUAUGAUUGCUGGUACCUACAGCACUAUCGUAGGUAUCGUUGACUCCACUGAGAAGACAAGCUCGUGGUCUUGUGCCGAUAACUCGAACUCAAGUUAA